GCGAGGAUUAAACAAGGUAGUAAUCCAUGGGGGACAAACUGGUGUGUCUGAGCUGCAUGUCUACCUCUGAAUGAGAGGCAAGGAGCUACGCUGCAGUGUUGUGGACCAUGUAAUGUGGCAGAGGGUUUGCAAUGGAGGGGACAAUGAUGACGGCUGGACAGGAGAAGCCACAGAAGCGGGUGAGGUUCCGCGUGGCUUCGGGGAACAGCGGCCGCGUGCUGAAGGAGAUGUUCAAGGAUGAGGGGCCUUCAGACUCCCUGGAUUCAGACUGCACCAGCAGCUCUGAUGCAGAACGGGCCAGCACCCCUUCUACGAGUGGAGACGGACACCUGUAUGGAUUCCUGGGCUCCGAGCUGGACGACAGCGAGUGUGAGCCUGAUGACCUGCUCAUGUACGCAGGGGCCACCAAGGACUGGAUGUUCACCACUAAGAGGGUCAACAUCCUCAGUAAAAACGGGACAGUGAGAGGGGUCAAACACAAAGUCAGCGCAGGUCAGACGCUGUUUGAAAACCUUCCCAAUUCCAGCAGUAUGGAGUUCUCUCUUGAAUUUGGGCGGAUAGUGAUCUACACUACAAGCUUCCGUGUGGUGAGGACGACCUUUGAGCGCUGCGAGCUGGUCCGGAAGAUCUUCCAGAACCACAGGGUGAAGUUUGUGGAGAAGAACAUCGCUCUGGACAGCGAGUAUGGGAAGGAGCUGGAGGAGCGCUGCAAACGUGUGGGAGAACCUCCAUCAUUACCCGUUGUGUUCAUUGACGGACACUACCUUGGGGGUGCUGAGAAAAUUCUAGGCAUGAAUGAAUCAGGAGAGCUUCAAGAUCUUCUGACAAAAAUCGAGAGGGUGCAGCAGCCCCAGACGUGCCAGACCUGCGGGGGCUUCGCCUUCAUCCCGUGUCCAAUGUGCCAUGGCAGCAAGAUGUCCGUGUUUCGCAACUGCUUCACGGAUUCCUUCAAAGCCCUCAAGUGCACUUCCUGCAACGAGAACGGCCUGCAGCCCUGCGUGAGCUGCAGCCACUGAGGAUGUUAAGUGCCUGACCCAACAUCCUUAACUUCCCUCUGUGGGACUUCACGCGGGACUUUCAACUGGACUGUAACACAGGCGGUGACAUGAGACA